AUGGGUCACGAACACUCCAAACUCUCGUCGUCGUCGUCGUCGGAAUCGGAGGGAAAAGGAUCGCGUCUUGAUCGAUUCAAACACCGCCUUCACUUUCGCCGCAAAACUGCUUCUGCUACUAACGCUCAUUCCUCCACUAACAAACUCCUCUCCGCCAACAACUUCACCGGAAUCGCUCUCUUCGCACUCCUCCGUGCGGAGAUGCAGUUCAAGGAUAAAUGGAUCGCGUGUCUUUCACUUGGAGAACAAACUUUCCGUACCAAGUGUUCUGAAAAUACAGAUAAACCGGUUUGGAAUUCUGAAAAGAAACUUUUGUUGGAACAGAACGGGCCUCAUAUUGCAAGAGUUUCUAUCUUUGAGACCAACAAACUGUCCAGCAAUACUCUUGUUGGAUACUUGGAGAUUGAUCUGCUUGAGUUUCUAACCAAGGAUUCUGAUUCUGACAUUGAAAAAUUCAACGUUUUAGAUCCUUCAGUCCCUGGAAAAGUGGUUGGCAACAUCUCCAUUUCAUGCUCUGUAGAGGAUCCAAUUGAAACAGAAAAAGGCUUUGUUAGACGCAUUUUAUCCAUCGUGGACUACAAUGAAGAUGGGAUGCUUUCGUUUUCUGAAUUUUCUGAUCUGAUUGAUGCUUUUGGCAAUCAAUUAGCAACCAGCAAGAAAGCGGAGCUGUUCAAAGCGGCUGACAAGAAUGGAGAUGAUGCUGUGAGCAUGGAUGAACUGGCUUCUCUUCUUGCUUUUCAACAAGAAAACAGGGAGCCACUGUUGAAUUGCUGCCCUGUUUGUGGGACGGGAAACCAGGUGAUGGCUGGAGGAUUCUUGACAGAUAAGCAGGCUUCUUAUGGUUGGUUCUUCAAGUUGAGUGAAUGGGCCCAUUUCUCAUCCUAUGAUGUCGGUAUUCGAUCUGGAUCAAGUUCUUCCCAUAUUCUGGUAUAUGAUCGAAAGUCUCGAAGGCUUGUCGAGGAACAAAUUGACAAAAAGAUUGUUUUGUCAAUGAGGGCUAUUUAUCAGUCAAAAAUAGGUCUUGGUCUAAUGGACAUAGGGGUGAAGGAGCUCCUGCAAAACAUUUCUGAAAAGCAGGGAGCCAAAAUGGAUUCACUUGAAUCGGCUGCUGAUAUACCGAAAUUCAUUGAAUCUUAUAAGGGUCAAAUCAAUUUGGCUGAAGUCAAGUAUCCACUGGAACACUUUAAGACAUUCAACGAAUUUUUCAUUAGAGAGUUAAAGCCGGAUUCAAGACCAAUUGCUUCAGCUGAACACGACAAUAUUGCUGUAUGUGCGGCCGAUUGUCGUCUAAUGGCAUUUAAAUCAGUUGAUGAUAGUAUGAGAUUUUGGAUAAAGGGUCGAAAGUUUUCAGUUCAAGGCCUUCUAGGGAAAGAACUGUGUUCCAGUGCUUUUGUUGAUGGAACACUUGUGAUUUUCCGUCUGGCACCACAGGAUUAUCACCGUUUCCAUUUGCCGGUGUCAGGAAUUGUUGAGCAGUUUGUUAAUAUCCCUGGAUGCCUGUUUACCGUCAAUCCCAUUGCUGUAAAUAGCAAGUACUGUAAUGUCUUCACAGAGAAUAAGCGAGUUGUUUCAAUAAUUGAAACAGUAGAUUUUGGAAAGGUGGCAUUUGUUGCAAUAGGAGCUACAAUGGUUGGUAGCAUUACUUUCACAAAAACACAUGGCGACUAUGUCAAGAAGGGAGACGAGUUUGGAUAUUUCUCUUUUGGCGGAAGCACUGUAAUUUGUGUUUUUGAAAAGGAUUCAAUUGCAAUUGAUGAAGACCUUCUAUCAAAUAGCGCCAGAUCACUGGAGACUUUGGUUACUAUGGGGAUGAGAUUGGGUGUCUCCACGAGGAAUCUGUCUUGA